AUUAGUAUAAUACAGUAUAUUAUAGUCAAAUAAAAUGGUUAAAACACAAUAAAUAAAUAAAUAAUGUUAAAAUUUAAUAUAUUUUGUCUAAUUGUUAUCGCAUUGUUUGUGAUUCAAACAAUUGACGGUAUAAGCAGUGAAUCCCAGUUAAGUGACAAUGAAGUACUAGAGUUGUCCAAAAAGUUCAAUGAAGUGGUCAGAAAAGUUAAUAAUAUUCUGAAUGGACCGCAACCUAAAAAAGAUGUUAAGCUAAAAUGGGGGCUAAGAAUUUUACCCCUAAGACGAUUCUAUUGGCGACGAAAUAAUAGACGUCGUAAUCGGAGACCUAAUCGUGGACCUAGAGGUAGACAAAAUGGUAGACAAAAUGGUGGACCUAGAGGUGGACAAAAUGGUAGACAAAAUGGUGGACCUAGAGGUGGACAAAAUGGCGGACCUAGAGGUGGGCAAAAUGGUGGACCUAGAGGCGGACAAAAUGGUAGACAAAAUGGUGGACAAAAUGGCGGACCUAGAGGUGGACAAAAUGGCGGACCUAGAGGUGGACAAAAUGGCGGACCUAGAGGUGGACAAAAUGGCGGACCUAGAGGUGGACAAAAUGGUAGACAAAAUGGUGGACAAAAUGGCGGACCUAGAGGUGGACAAAAUGGUUGAUCAAAAGGAGUUGUCCACAAAAAAAAAAGUUCAAUGAAAUGGUUAGAAAAGUCAAUGAUAUACUUAAUGGACAGAAAAAACUUGUUUUAUUAAAACGGUCGCAAAAUAAACGUAAAAAUAAACGUAAAAAUAAACGUAAAAAUAAACGUAAAAAUAAACGUAAAAAUAAACGUAAAAAUAAACGUAAGGGUAAGCAAAAUGGUUGACGAAAUGGUUGACAAUAUGGUUGAACUACUGGACCUAUUUCU